AAAUGUUAUAUCCCUUUUUUCAGUUCUUUUUGUCAGCUGCGUUGGCGCCGGUUUGUCCGUGAGCCUGAGCCGCAUGUACCUGUAGGGCCCGUUUGUCCUCAGAGAAACGAUAGCGAAAGCUCGCUUCUCCCCGUCCCCUGAACCGAAAUCCCGAUUCCCGUUCUCUCCGGAACCUCCCGCGCCGGCGAUGGCGACGUCGUCGCCGCCCCGCGUGUGCGUCACCGGCGGCAACGGCUUCAUAGGCUCGUGCCUCGUCAAGCUGCUCCUCUCCCGCGGCUACGCCGUCCACGCCACCGUCCGCGACCCACGUGACCCGAAGAACGCGUUCCUGACGGAGCUGGACGGAGCCCCGGCGAACCUGCGGCUGUUCAAGGCGGACGUGCUCGACUACGACACCGUGACGGCCGCCUUCGCCGGCUGCGAGGGCGUCUUCCAUGUCGCCACUCCGGUGCCCGACAAAAAGAUGGUUGAUCCACAGAAAGAGAUGAUGGAACCUGCUGUCAAGGGCACCAUGAAUGUGCUCAAGGCUUGCUCGGCUACGAAAGUUCAUAAACUCAUCGUGGUCUCGUCCAUCGCCACUAGUUGCUUCAACCCGGAUUGGCCUCGAGAUAAAAUCAAAGAUGAGAGCUGCUGGUCAGACAAGGAGCUCUGCAAACAGAGUGAGAACUGGUAUUCUCUUGCAAAGACUGAAGCCGAGGAGAUGGCCCUGGAAUACGGAGAGAAGAACGGGUUGCACGUCGUCACAUUUUGCCCUGGUCUGGUUUUAGGCCCUCUGUUGCAGCAUGUGGCGGUCAAUACCAGCAGCAAGGUCCUCGUCUACAUGAUAAAAGGAGGCCCUGACACGAUGAACAACAAGUUCUUUCCCAUAGUAGACGUUCGCGAUGUUGCCGAUGCGUUGCUCCUGUUGUACAACAAGGCAGGGCCAUCUGAGAGAUACAUAUGCUCACUGGAGCAAAUGGACCUAAAGGAUCUGCUGGCAAUCAUGAAGAGCAUGUACCCUAAUUACAGUUAUGUAGACAAGAUGGUUGAUGUGGAUUUCAACGUUGGAGUCACUUCGGAAAAGCUGAAGAAUCUAGGGUGGAAACCAAGGAAGAUCGAGGAGACACUCGCGGAUAGUAUCGAGUCCUACAAAAAAGCAGGGCUUCUUGGGGUUUCAGAUGACGAACCAUGCCGGCUUCCAUUCAUCUACCGAAUGCCGCCUAUCCAGGAAUGAGAAUGAUCCCAUUAUUGUGCCAUUAAUAUUGCAUUUGGCCUGAAACAUCGUGAAAUGUGUUUCACAAAAAUAAGCAAGGUUUAGGUAUCUA